AGCUCUCCCAAAGCUUCAUCUGAAAAGGAACAAACGGCAGACUCCGCGAGAGGAUGCCAAUGGAAGCAACGCUCGUGUUUGCGGAACCCAAGUGACCGGUCCAAUGCUGAACCGGCUCGGUUCGGCCGCGAUUUGGCCUUUUUUUAUAGUAUUCGAUACGAACCAAACCGCUCCAGCUCGGCGUCGAAGCCCCUCCCCCCCCCCUCCCGUGUUAGGGUUUCCUUCCUCUCCGUUCCCGAUCGAGGCAGAGUCGCCAGAGGCACCCUGGGAACCACAGUCUGAGCUUUGCUUUGACAACUGCAUCGCAAAAUCGUCCUAGAUCCACUGUGGCAAUGUCGAGUAAUGCUGACACUGCACAAGCAAAAAGCCGAUCGGGCCGCCUUCCCAGAAAGCGGUUCUAUCGAGCACGGGCACACAGCAAUCCUCUCAGCGACUCGCACUUUCCAAUCCCCAUAAGUCCUGCGGAUUUUGAUUGCUCCCAUCACUACCCUUACUUUUUCCCUCCCGGGAGUGGGGGUCGUAGCGACGGGGAUGCACCUCCCCGCAAAGUCAGGUUUGCUGAUAUUGGCUGUGGGUUUGGUGGAUUGCUCGUUGGCCUCUCGCCUCUGUUUCCAGAUACUCUAAUGCUAGGGAUGGAGCUCAGAGAUAAGGUAACUGAGUACGUGAAAGAGCGAAUCUUGGCAUUAAGAGCCUCGAACCCAGGGCAUUAUGAGAACAUCUCUGUGGUUCGAACCAAUUCGAUGAAAUACUUACCUAACUACUUCGAGAAGGGGCAGCUAUCGAAGAUGUUCUUUCUUUUUCCUGAUCCCCACUUUAAAGAGAAGAACCACCGACGAAGAGUGAUCAGCCCUCAACUGCUCGAUGAGUAUGCUUAUGCACUUGAAGUCGGGGGUAUCAUAUACACAAUCACGGAUGUGGAGGAACUUGGUGAUUGGAUGAGAUCUUGCUUGGAGGAUCAUCCUCUAUUUGGAGCUGUUCCUGAGGAAGAACUCGUACUCGAUCCUGUUGUUAAGUUGUUGUCUUCUGCGACUGAAGAAGGUCAGAAGGUUGCCAGGAAUGGCGGUCAAACAUUUCGAGCUGUAUACCGGCGCAUUAAGCUUGAGGAGGAAUAGUUUACUUCUGUUUAGUUAUUAGUUCAGUCUGAAAUGAGUUUAUAUCUUUGCAACAGAUCAAUUUGAGACAUCUUAACGGUAUGUCGGCACCUAGUUCGGAUACGCAUUAUGGUGUUAUUUAUUUGAGUUUAUUUA